ACAGGCCUUAACCAUAGAGUAGGCCAUGCCAAAACUCCCAAAGAAAAAUUAUGCCAAUGGCGCCAUAAGAAAGAACUAAAGAAGCAACUGCUGCACUGCAAUGAAGAAAUAGAUUCUAUAGAUGUGUAGAAGAACAGAGGAUAUUAGUCAAAAGUAAGUCAACAUUUAUUCAAAUGAAUCUCUUUGAAGAAAAGUUUAGCAAUUAAGCUUAUAGUUAUACUGAAAUCUUUUUUUUUGGUCGAUAAAUUCUCCAUCCCUACUCCUUGGAGAACAUGGACUCAUUCAGUUUCAAAAAAGGUUGUUUUUGUUGGUGAAAUGGAUUAGGGGCAUUGCGUGGAAAUAAUAUGUAGGAGUUUAUUCCACUAGUUGAUAUGGACACGUCAAACAUACCUUUGUUUUAGGAUUUUAAGUGUUGAUUAGUUCGUGCAAGUUAGGAGAUUAAGCGCCUAUUCAUUCAACAUCAGUUGAUGUGCUGUCAUUCUAUUAAACCUUCCCCCUAAUCAGCUGCAGUCAAAUCAAAUGGCAGAUUUCUACUUGGGAAGGUCCUCCACAUUCCAGUUGAAAACCUGGAUUUCAUUUCUUGAAUUUAAUGUUUUUACACAUCAGAUGAUUAUACAUGACAACUUGGCCCAAACCUUUUCGCCGAUCUGCCACUUUACCUCGGCGGAAGAUAGAGCCAUGGCAAGUAUAACGAUCAAUUCGUCCCCUCUGAUCCUCGGGCCAGUUUCUUCCUGGACCAAUCGACCAAACUGAGAGAAAAUUGAAAAAUGCGUCGCGUUCGACGCCCUCACCGGAACAUGUGCGACUCCGUCUGUUUCACUGGACUAGAAAGACCCUUCAGUUGCGUGCGCACGCUCCCAGUCAGGCAGAUGUUGUUGCAGUUGGUGGCCUACAUUCGAUCCAUUUUUUAACACCUCUCCAGGACGCCACUAUUGUGUCGAUGGGAAUAUCUUUUGGCCAAUGGGAGAAAUUUGACUACGUGUCACGACUUGUAUAGCCCAAAACGGGUGGCGAGAGAUUCAACAAUUGCGGCGCGUGUAUAAAAAAGACGACCCGUUUCGGCGUUGGAUUCAUAACCACCCACCACAUCUCCUAGAUAGAAAAUGAAGUUAUUUCCGAUUCUCUUCCUUCUGGUUGUCGUUUGCCUGGCUGUGGCCGUGGAGGCCCAUAAACCCAAACCAGUUGCCACAACCACCCAGAAACCAACGACAACUGCAGAGACAACAACAAAGUCGACUGCGAGGACAACAACUUCCGCCAAGCUUGUAACCUCAAAGACAACUAGCCUACCAACAACCACAACCACUUUCAAGAAAACAACCGCUGAGACUACUCCAACCAGCAAGCCGACAACUUUCAAAACAACAACCACUAAACCAACUACCACAACAUCAACCAAGACAAAAACAACCAAGCCCAUCACCUCGACAACAACCGUCAAACCCUCCAGCAGUACCACCGUCAGAACAACGUCCACCAAACCUGCCACGACAACAACAACCCCAUCGCCGGUUCUUUUUAAUUGCUCCGUUGAUGAUCCAGCCUGCGAAAAUAUGUGCACCAACGUGACGUCAGCGGGCAGUGGUGUUGUCCAGUCUCCCAACUUCCCCGCCAACUACGGGAAUGAGUUCAGGCAAUGCAAUGUCACCAUUAUCGUGCCAGUAGGAAAGAAAAUCCGGUUGGAAUUCACCGCCUUCAAUUUGGCGAGUGGUGACUACGUCACUGUAUCCGAACAAAGCACGACUUUGUUGUUCCGUGCAAACGGAAGUACGACUCCUGCCGUAGUCACCUCAACCGAAAACAUAAUGGGUUUAGAAUUCUUUGUCUUUGGCGCUAAUACUAAAACUAUAACCACAACAACAUAUAAUUGGCAGGCGACUUACACUGCUGUCACGGAUGAAGGCGACACAACAAGUACAUCAACUAUGACUACAGCUUAAAAAGCAACAACA